AUGGAGUCACGAACAGGUCCCCAGGCCCAGUCAAAUUUUAGAGGCGAGGAGCGGCCAGUCGUCAUUCGUGCUUGCGACACGUGCCGGACGAAAAAAAUUCGCUGCGAGCCUACAACGCAAGGAUGCAGUCAGUGCACCAAGCGUGGCACACGCUGUCACUUUACGCCAAUUGCAAUGAAGAGGAAGCGUCGCAGACCAGCUGGCUUCAAAUACAUUGCGCAACUCGAGAAAAGACUUAUCGAAGUAGAGGCCAUGGUAGAAGACCGGCCGUUGGGGAAGCCAACUGUACCCAACAUCAGUUCGCAUAUAGAACAGACGACCCUGGCAGCAUCACCCAGUACAACGGCGCUGAUCAAGUCUACCAAUGGAAUGAAUGCAUGGAUGCUAGAGAGCGAGCCACGAAUGCUCUCACCCGAACAGACGAGCAAUCUGCAGUUCAACUUCGGAGUAUUCCCGUUAUACGACCAUAAUCAACCGGAUCUAUCGACGCUCAGAGGUCAUAUAACUGACUAUGUCUGGCCUCUACCCGCUCCAGAGUUAUGCUCGGGUUCUCCACCAACGAUCCAGCCACUUCCCACGAAAGCAGUCGCUCUGGAGUUGAUUGAAGAAACUUUCAGAAACUAUAAUAGGUUUCUUCCACUUUUUGAUGAAGAGGACUUCUUCAAAGAGUUUCAACUCAAAUAUUCGACUUCCAAUCCUACAGAUGCUGCUUGGUGGGCCUGCCUCAAUGUUGUGCUGUCAAUAGCUCAUCGACUCCGCGCCAUACCUAUGUUGGACCCGACGCAGGAGAACAUACUAGCUUUUGGUCAUGCACAAAGCGCUUUGAGCGUCGUUUCCAAACUGACCGUCUCUAACCACAGCCUCUCUGCUGUGCAGGCUCUGGCGGGUAUGGCCUGUGUUCUUCAGGGAACACCGAAUCCGGAGCCGGCCGCAAUGCUCGUUGCCGCCGCUCUGCGCUUGGCACAAGCUAUGAAUUUGCAUAGAGAAUGUACCAGUCUAGAAAUUACGGAAAUGCAAGCUGAGAAACGGAGGCGGGUGUUUUGGAAGGUGUACAUUCUGGAUAAAGAUAUCAGUCUGCGGACGGGUCGACCCUUUGGCCAAGACGAUGAUGACAUGGAUCUUGAACUACCAGAGGACUGCAAUUUAUCUUCAGGUCUGCAGCUUUCGGGCGAGAUGAUCCACAAGGUGGUUCUACGACUCACAUAUAUCCACUGCCUCGCGAUGAUUGAUCGCCACUUACCGCCGACGGCGCCGCCUUCCUACAACCAAGACCUCAGCCUACCUGAAGCAUUAUUACCUUCAAGCAAUGUAUGCGUCGUCGAGUCACGCAAAGCGAUCCGCCUCGUUGAGGCAAUCCCUCAAGGCGAUUGCGCCUGUGUCUGGAUGCUGAUUCACGCUUUCUUCGCUGCCGCUAGUAGCGUGCUAUCUAGUCUAGCACAAAAUCCCAUGUCGCCAAACGCAAUUUCAGACCUCGCUCUUGUCAAGCCAUUUCUGCGUCUGUUGGAAACACUUGCCGAAGACCCAAGCACACUCUCACAGUCCGACGAACUGUUCGAGCGCUUCAGCGUCCUUCAUAUGAUCAAUUGA